GUAGCCCGUGACGCGUGGCGAAUGGAAUCUGCUGCGAGGGAGCUCGGGCGUCCAGGUACACCUCAGAAAAUGCGCAGCUUCUCAGACGUGCUUGUGUUGCACGAUGCCCCAUAUAGGGCUGACUUAAGGUGAACUAAGAGCCGCGUUCAAUGCUUAUUCUAAGAUAUUCAGCCGAACAACACAGGAAGACCUGCUUGAUGCAAAACUGGUCCGGACACCGCUGUUUCUAUUGAAAUGCUUGGUUUAACCGGAGGUAUGGGAUCUGCCUAGCAUAUUGAUACGUUUCAGCUACUGCAUGCAUCCCGGUGACCUCGUCUUGCGCCAACAUCCACACUUCAGGUGAAACACGAAUAUCUUUUUUAUUUCACACUCGCCGAAUUUUCAACGAAAUAUUGUGUUUUUGUGCAAAUGCAGUUUUGAUGUUGGUGAAACGACGCGCAUGCGUUGGUCUUGGGAUAAUUGGGCAGCCUGUGACUAAGUUAAAUUCCUGAAAUCUUCGCUCAAAGUCAUCGCUCGGAUCGAAGUUGGUGAUGUGGACGGCUUUAGACCGCGGAUGCUGGGGGAUUUUUUGUAUUUUCCUUAUGGUCGCCAUGGUCGGCGGCGCUCAAAGCGCCAACGAGCCUAGCAACAUGUCAUUUGUGAAAGCGACCGUGGACAAACUGCUCAAGGGGUAUGACAUUCGUCUGAGGCCCGAUUUUGGAGGUGCCCCUGUGGACGUUGGAAUGAGCAUAGAUAUCGCGAGUAUCGACAUGGUUUCGGAAGUCAACAUGGAUUACACCAUAACCAUGUACUUUCAGCAGUCCUGGAGGGACAAGCGUUUAUCCUACACUGGGAUUCCCCUCAACCUGACGCUGGACAACAGGGUGGCUGACUCGCUCUGGGUCCCUGACACCUACUUUAUCAAUGAUAAGAAGUCCUUUGUACAUGGGGUCACAGUGAAGAACAGAAUGAUUCGACUGCAUCCUGACGGAACAGUGCUUUACGGCCUCAGGAUCACUACCACAGCAGCUUGUAUGAUGGACUUGCGUAGAUACCCAUUGGAUGAACAGAAUUGCACCCUGGAGAUCGAGAGCUAUGGGUACACCACUGAUGACAUCGAGUUCUACUGGCAUGGUGGCAAUUCAGUGACUGGGGUGGAGAACAUCGAACUUCCCCAAUUCUCUAUUAUAGACUACCAAACCCAAUCCAAAAAAGCAGUGUUUGCUACAGGCUCCUACCCGAGGCUGUCUCUGAGUUUUAAGCUGAAGAGGAACAUUGGCUACUUCAUCCUACAGACCUACAUGCCUUCCACCCUGAUCACCAUCCUUUCCUGGGUCUCCUUCUGGAUCAACUAUGAUGCAUCUGCUGCCAGAGUCGCUUUAGGUAUAACCACUGUGCUGACCAUGACCACUAUCAACACACACUUGAGAGAGACUUUACCCAAAAUCCCCUACGUCAAGGCUAUAGACAUCUACUUAAUGGGCUGCUUUGUGUUCGUCUUCCUCGCCCUGCUGGAGUACGCCUUCGUUAACUACAUUUUCUUUGGUCGGGGGCCUCACUUGCAGAAAAAGGUGGCAGAAAAAGCAGCUAAAACCAACAAUGAAAAUAAGAGCAGACUAGAGAGUAACAAAGUACAGGUAGAUGCACACGGCAACAUCCUCCUCACCAAUCUGGAGAUCCGUAACGAGAUGGGCGGAAUGGGUGGCAUGGCAGGGAUGACGGGGGCAGAGAUGAUAGGGGCUCUCAACGACCCACGAGCCACCAUGUUCUCCUAUGACAGCGCCAGCAUACAGUACCGCAAGCCCAUGGCCAGCCGAGACCUGUAUGGUCGACCGGCCCUCGACCGGCCUGUCGGCCACAAGAAGGGUCGUUUGAGGAGGAGGGCAUCACAGCUGAAAGUCAAGAUCCCUGACCUGACGGAUGUUAAUGCCAUAGACAAAUGGUCCCGCGUUGUCUUCCCUAUUGCCUUCACCUUCUUCAAUCUGGUCUACUGGCUUUACUAUGUCCACUAGGGGGUGUAGCUAUUCCUGCUAGAGGUUUGUUUAGCUAGCUAGGUUUCUGUACAGCAAGGGUAACAAAGCGGGGCGUUCAAUUCAGCCCCCUGUUUGUAUGACUUCUGUUUGAGGAAUGCGAGACGAAGCGGAUGUCUUUUCAAUGUAAAUACAAUUUAAUAUAUUAUAUAAAUAUAUAUAUAUAAAAGAGAAGUAUAAUUUAAUAAAAUGUCACCUUUUUGCUGUAUUCAUCCGUACAAAAUAAAAAGAGUGAAAAUUAGUACAGAAUUAAGACGCAGUGAAGCUGUGCAACUGCAUUUGUAAGUCUGAACUUUGUGUUAAAAAUGGACUUUGGUGACUUAAUUGUUACUUUUAGGCUGCAACAGCAUUUUAUUUAUUGAAAAUCCUGUUCUCACUUCAUUUAGUCUCAGCCUCUGCAUGCGAACUGUGACACAAGUUUUAUUUGCUUCUGAAGAGAAAAAAAGCCCAAUGCAAAAAUGUGGGUAUUAACAAAGACAAUUUUCUCUUGGUUAAACCCAAUGCUGUGAUUCAAGCAAAUCCUUGCUGAGUUAAACAUCCUAUGGUUUAGGAUGUCCUUGUUUGGUUCAACUCUAUGUGAAAAAGGUUUGGUUUAACUCCAUGCUGUGAUUAUGUUAAUCCUCACUGAAGUAUUAACUCUCCAUUCCAUGAUUAAGGCAGUUCUCAUUGUGUUGAGUCCCCACCUUGUGAAUAAGGCGGUAUUCAGUGAGUUAAAGAACAUGCUACUUUGCAUGUUCUUAAUGUGUGACAUGAUUUUGUUGGUUUUUGCUAGGUGCAUGUGCACUUAACGGCUUUUUGCACUUUAAAACAAAGCCUGUUUUCUUUCCUUUGUAUAAACAGCUUAGCAAAGGCUCCAUAGUUGAGCCAACCUGUAUUAUAAUAAUUCUACUGUAUGCUUUUGAACAAUCAUUGCAUUUAGGGUAAGUACAGGAAGUAAGUGAAUUGGAAAUUGACUAAUCUAAAAACACAAAAUUUAUUCAAAUUUGUAUCUAUUCUCACAGCGUCUGUGAGCAUGUAAAAUGUAAUUUUCUUUAAAAGAAAUCAGGUAAAGAAUGACUUAUGAUGUCACCACGCUUUCGAAACCACAUCAAAACAUGCAAGCCUUGAUAAUACAUGCUAUAGAUGGUUGAGUCAGGUUCAGUCAAUGCAAAAUAUUUGGUCAAUACCAUAUUUGCACACAGUAUUGUAGUGCAAUUCAGCUUUUCACAAAGAUCGAUGUAGAUACACCUAUGGUAAUGUUUGCAUAAUGCUAAAUCUAUGCCACUCAACACCUUGGCUCCUAUUAAAUAGUGAAACUUGAAAUGUAUUGAAUUCGGUGCCCAAAAAAAAUUUGGUCAAGUAUUAUAUUCCACCUUAGAUUUCAAUGGAUUUGUUGACACCCCUGUUAUUAUACUCAAGACUAAUGAUCAAUUUCUUUUUUAAAUUGUUUUAUUUUAAAGCUGUGACAGAAUGGCUACUAUAUUAGUUCAACAAAUCCCAGAAAGAAAAUUAAUAGCCCAGUUGUAAAAAUUUAACAGUGAAGCAUUUAAGCGCAGAACUUGCAUUUAGUAAGCUUAUGUCAGUCACCACUGCAGGUUUUUUGCCUGCAAAUUAAAUUAGCAUAGGUUUGACUACUUUGUAUUACAUCCAUUGUAACCUUAUAAUUUGUAUGAUGGGACAAAAGCAUUUAUUUGUUUAUGUUCACCUUAAUUUAACCAGGUAAGCCAAUUGAGAACCAAUUCUCAUUUACAAUGACAACCUGACCAACACCUUAGUAGAUUCAUAAGAUACAUGGAUAACCAUGUGAUGUAAAACUUGUAAUAAAUAAAUACUAAUUGGUUUUGGUGCUAAGUUGCUGACCAUAUGACAUAAAUACAGCUUGGUAAGGUGCUUAGCAGUUGCAGUAUUCAGAUAGCAGCUCAGGCUACUCAAUUUUGAAUUAAUAAGCGGGGAUGAAAGUGGCAAGUUUAAGAAUCUUUUGCAAAUUACUACAGACAAUGUCAACAGAGAAAUUGUUACAGUCAUUGUCAACUGAAAAUAAUUAUAACCGAAUGAGUUGUUGACUUUAGGGAUGACCAGUGUGAGGAAUCUAUCAGAGCCACAUACUUCUGUUAGGUAGGCUAAUAUUGAAGAGCAACCUGAGGUAAAGAGGGGAUUUGCCUGAAAUGGACUUGUAGAAAAGCUGGUACCAAUAAGACUGGUGCUGUGUCUGCAGCGAUGGCCAGUUUACUAGAGUGUAAAGAUCACAAUGAGUGUUAUAGGAGGCACUGGUGACAAAUUUUACGUGGCAUAGUGCUAAAUUGCAUCUACUUUAUUGUAAGGCAAUAUUUGCGGCGAGUCUGGAAAGAAUUGUGGAAAGUAAGAAACUAAUUCUGGAUUUAAUUUGAUUUACUACAGACUGAUGUGGUCCUGGGGUCCACUAUUUAAAGCAAACUAUCCAACCAAAUAUUAAGGUACUUCAAGGUAUUGACAUAAUCUAACUUAAAUUUUAACCAGCCUGAGUAGUAUUCUAUGUGAUCCUAACUUCUGUUGACAAACAUAAUAUUUAGCAGUUGGCCAGGUCACAUCCAGAUAUGGCAGGUCCUUAUAUAGAUGAAGAUAUUUUGCUCACAUUUGGAUAAUUUUUUUUAAAUAUUUCUGAAUAAACAGUUUUCCUCUAAUAUAUAACAGUAGGCAUAGGAUAUAAGUACUUAACCAUUGCUAUAAUUAUUUUUUUCAUUACUAUUGUUUUGGUUAGCUAUCACAAUGGCCAGAGACAUUUUAAUGUAAUAACUUUUUAAUUUUAAUAGUGAACAGAUACCAAGUAGACAUCUGACCUGCUUGUGUUAUCAGGGCUUCAAAAAAAACAGCAAAACCAGAUAGGCUUCUACAGGACACAAUAAGUAGCAGUGUGCUCUCUCCUCAUGGCUGAAUAUUGUGCCUUUAACAAGAAUCUCAAUAUUUUCACAGGGUUUGACCUAACUUAUAACUAGUGUGUAGAAUUUCAAACAAAUAAACUUUUUUAGAGAAGAAGAAGAAAUGAAACUGUGGUCAACAACACUUAGACUGACUUUUAUGAUGCUCUAAAUACAUAUUCAAAGUAGAUAGUAGUCUGACAUUCCAGCAUUUAUGAUGACAAUCUGUGAAUUCAAUGCAGAAAAUGUCCUGCAAGUUUGGUUUUGUUGCUGUCACUGUUGUCGUUUUCAGGUGGAAUGGAAUUCUAUAGACUGGGGGAAAAAGUUAUUGGCUUUCCACUCAGCAAAGACUCUCACGUAACAGAUGGGACAUGCUUUCUUUGAAUGGCCAUAGUGAAUUGGAAGCUGGAACAACUGAAUUCCCUCAAACGUCCAAGGGAUAAUAAAAUGUACUGAACUCUAUUGUGUAAAAUUACUGUACUUUUUUUCCUCUCUCAUGCUCAAUAUGUACUCUCAUAUGUAGAGGGUGUGUGAGUGUGAGAGUGUGCUAGCGUGUUUGUCAGCAAACAUACAGUAUGUGAUUUUUUGCUUGGUAACAUGCACAAGAAAGCAUGUGCAGCUGGAAUUGUGUGCGAGCAGACUUGUGUGUGCGUGCGAGAGAGAGAACACGUAAUCACACAAAGAAUUUGUUUGAAAUUGUAAGGACUUCCAAGAAUUCCAAUAAAAUAGCUGACAUCUCACUAACCCAA